CUGUAGCGGAGAACAGAGAUUUUCGGACACAGAAAUCUGGCGAAGACGAAGCGUUCUUGUUCUGCGAGUUGAUGGUGAAGAACGAUACGGCGCAUUACUGUCCACCAAGAUUCGUGUUUGCAGUGAUGCCCGAACGAGGCCAGUUGCAAAGGUACCUGAUUCGCGCGGACUGCGCUGGGAGAUUGGCGGUUUGGAACGUGCCUGAAGUGUCGGCGAAAGAGAUAUCGCAAAUGAAACAAGAACCUUUUGCUUCUCUUCCAAAUGUGGAGCCGAAAUCUUCAUUGAGUCUCCAGGAAGCGUUUGACCGAGCAUUUCCUUCUCCUCCUGGCAUUCUGGACCAAAUUGAACGUGACCCUCAACAUCCGAACCAAAGAAUCACCUGCUCGCUGUUCAUUCCGAGCCAAGGUCGGCUUGUGUGCGGCACGAACGACGGCCAGAUCGUCAUGGUGUCCGCAACCCACACCAUCAUGUUGCACUUGCUUUCGGGUAAGCAUCAAGGCAUUGACGGCUGGCCCGUGCACCAAGUGUUCUUGGGACACGCGGCCAAAGUCACUACGCUCGUCUACCCGCACAAUCAACACUCUCGCUACGAUCCUUCGCACCUCGUCUCGGGCUCGGCGGAUUUUUGCGUCUACCUGUGGGAUCUCGGAACCGGCGCCUUGUUGUACAAGUUUUGCGUACAGGGAGGAGAAAUCACACAAUUGAUCGUACCGCCGCCGGAUUGUGGGACAAGGAUACUGAAUUGCGUGUGCAGUGUGUCCAGUGAUCACAGCGUGGCCUUGUUGAGUCUCAAAGAAAGGAAGUGCAUUAUGCUUGCCUCCAGACAUAUUUUCCCUGUAGUCACCAUCAAGUGGCGUCCCGCAGCCGACUACAUGGUGGUUGCGUGUACAGAUGGUUCAGUUUCCGUCUGGGAAAUGGAAACCAGUGAGUGUGAUACGAUU